AUGAGUGAAAAGAACAGUCGUAUUGCCAUCGUCAGUGCAGACAGAUGUAAGCCAAAGAAAUGUCGUCAAGAAUGUAAGCGUUCUUGUCCAGUCGUCAAGACAGGUAAAUUAUGUAUUGAAGUUACCCCUACUUCGAAGAUUGCCUUCAUUUCCGAAAUUUUGUGUAUUGGUUGUGGUAUCUGUGUGAAGAAAUGUCCAUUCGAUGCCAUUACCAUUAUUAACUUACCAACCAAUUUGGAACAACACGUUACACAUCGUUACUCUGUCAAUUCUUUCAAAUUACAUAGAUUGCCUACUCCAAGACCUGGUCAAGUCCUUGGUUUAGUCGGUACUAAUGGUAUUGGUAAAUCCACUGCUUUGAAGAUUUUAGCUGGUAAGCAAAAACCAAAUUUGGGUAGAUUUGACGAUCCUCCUGAAUGGCAAGAAAUUAUUAAAUAUUUCAGAGGUUCUGAAUUGCAAAAUUAUUUCACUAAAAUGUUAGAAGAUAACAUUAAGGCUAUUAUCAAGCCUCAAUAUGUGGAUAACAUUCCACGUGCCAUUAAGGGACCUGUUCAAAAAGUGGGUGAAUUAUUGAAAUUGAGAAUGGAAAAGGAUAGUGAAACCGUGAAAGGUUAUAUCAAGACUUUACAAUUGGAACAUGUUCUAAAUAGAGAAAUCGGAAAAUUAUCAGGUGGUGAAUUACAACGUUUUGCCAUUGGGUUGUCAUGUGUCCAAGAUGCUGAUGUUUACAUGUUCGAUGAACCUUCUUCUUAUUUGGAUGUUAAGCAACGUUUGAAUGCAGCCCAGAUUAUCAGAGAUUUGUUGACUCCAACCAAGUAUGUUAUUGCUGUGGAGCAUGAUUUGUCAGUCUUAGAUUAUUUAUCCGAUUUCGUUUGUAUCAUUUAUGGUGUUCCAUCCGUUUACGGUGUGGUUACUUUGCCAUCUUCUGUUAGAGAAGGUAUCAAUAUUUUCUUAGAUGGUCAUAUUCCAGCUGAAAAUAUUAGAUUCAGAAGUGAAGCCUUACAAUUUAGAUUACAUGACGCCACUGAAGAUACAAAGGGUGAAGCCAACAAGACUUUUGAAUAUCCAGCCAUGAAACGUACUCAAGGUGAUUUCUCAUUGACUGUUGAAUCUGGUGACUUCUCCGAUUCUGAAAUCUUGGUUAUGAUGGGUGAGAAUGGUACUGGUAAGACCACUUUAAUUAAAUUAUUAGCUGGUGUUAUUCAAUCUGAUGAAAACUCCGAAAAGGUUCAAAAAUUGAAUGUUUCUAUGAAACCACAAACCAUUGCUCCAAAAUUCCCUGGUACCGUCAGACAAUUAUUCUUCAAGAAGAUUAGAGGUCAAUUCUUAAGUCCCCAAUUUCAAACUGAUGUUGUGAAACCAUUAAAGAUUGAUGAUAUCAUUGAUCAAGAAGUUCAACAUUUAUCCGGUGGUGAAUUGCAAAGAGUUGCUAUUGUUUUGGCUUUGGGUAUACCUGCUGAUAUCUACUUGAUUGAUGAACCUUCUGCCUAUUUGGAUUCUGAGCAACGUAUUAUCUGUUCUAAAGUUAUUAGAAGAUUUAUUUUACAUAACAAGAAGACUGCUUUCGUUGUUGAGCACGAUUUCAUCAUGGCUACUUAUUUGGCCGAUAAAGUUAUUGUUUUUGAAGGUACUCCUUCUAAACACGCUAAUGCUCGUGCUCCAGAAUCUCUAUUGACUGGUUGUAACAGAUUCUUAAAGAACUUGAAUGUCACUUUCAGAAGAGAUACCACUUCUUUCAGACCAAGAAUUAACAAGUUGGAUUCCCAAAUGGAUAGAGAACAGAAGUUAUCUGGUAACUAUUUCUUCUUGGAUAACACUGGUGUGUAG